AUGGAGCCGAACAAGAAAGAGGAGCCCAUGUUCCCUGCGCGAACCCCCAAACAGAAGAAGCACCACGGGGCUGUCAUCGGCGAUCGACCUCUGCCGCCUCACAUGCGAAAGGAGGCAGCAGCCACACACAAAUCCAACUCCACCUCUUCUCUCUACGUGGACAGCACAAUCACCUCUCCCGAUAUCGACCAGGUCCUCUACUGUAUGUCGACCGCUGUGUACUACCACAUACGGGCAGGCCAUGAAGCUCCGCAGCUCAAGCUCAUCGACAUCUUUAGCGAAGAGAUCUAUCCCAUCUACCUCAAGGAUCAGCGGGAGCCCAACGACACGCGAGCGGUGCCCCGCCUGCGGGUCAUCUUCAAGUUCAUCGACACUAUCUUCAAAGUGCAGAAGCUCCCCAGCGAAUGCGCGAUCCUGGCGCUGGCCUACACCGAGCGACUGAUCGGCCUCUCGGGGAUCACCCUCCACGCCUCCAACUGGCGUCGCGUCGUCCUCUCCACAAUCAUCCUCGCCUCCAAGGUGUGGGAGGACCUGGCGGUGUGGAAUGUGGACUUUGUGUCGAUCUUCAAGAACCUGAACAUCAAGGACCUGGGCUUCCUCGAGAAGCAGCUGCUGAAGCUCCUCGAGUACAACGUCUCAGUGCCCUCCUCCCUGUACGCUAAAUACUACUUUGAGCUCCGCGAGCUCGCCGAGAAGGACUCCAAGAACUUCCCCCUCACGCCCCUCGACAAGGACCGAGCAGAGCAACUCGAAGAACGCGCGCGUGCGAUCGACGAGAACUGGGCGCAAAAGAAGAAGAGGCUGAGCGUGCCAAUCCGUCACUCGACGGGCGAGAUCGGACACCACAAGUCGCCCAUCGUCGUGCUCAACCUCAACAAGGAGAAGAAGGACGACUGA